AUGAGAGGAACGCCCACCAGCGAUGAGUCCAAAUACGGCACCCAGCCCAAGGCUGCAGGGCUCCCUGGCACCCCAUCGUCGCGGGUUCCUAGCCCGGGGGGUGAAAAAGGGGCUCGAAUGGGCGCCAGCCCUGCCAGCCCUGGCCCAACUGACACCCGAGACAGCGUCCCCCAUCGUCCUCUCCCUUCUGCGCCCCUCGGGUCUCUUGCUGCCUGCUGCGCUUACUACGGCAGCGCUCAUCGACGAUUCGACCAGCGUUCCAGUUCGAAGAUCGAGAAGACGAGGGCCACAUGGCAACCACUCGACCUCUCCCGGCGCCCUGCCCCGGUUGGCCCGGGUGACCCAAUCCCUUCUGGCCCUGUCCGGGAUCCGUAG